AAUUACGUCAUCAACACACGGUUCCCCUUUCUACGGGUUAAAUGGAGCUUAAAAAAAAGAAAUACCACAGAGUGACAGAGACAGUGAAAGGACAUAGGCAUGGCUGAUUUCACCCGGUAUGUACUGUCCUUUAGUAGUUUGUGUUGUGUUUUUGUGUCGGUACAAGCUCCAGAUCCGACUUACAUUUAUAAAAGAGUUGGUGAUUCAGUGACCCUGCAGUGUAACAACGUGAUCAAAGAGUACACAGAAUGCUCCUCGACCACAUGGAUCUACAGCAGUAUCAGUUUGGGGACAAUCGAGUUAAUCCAAAAAGGAAAAAGGAGACUAGAAAAACUGAGGGGAUCCAAAGCCUCAAGACUGAGUUUGCAGCCUGACUGUUUUCUGAAUAUCAGCAAUAUUACCGUUGGAGACGCUGGACGCUACGUUUGUCAGCAGUACGAUUCACGUGGACAACGACAUGGGGUUGAGGAAAACACUGAUCUUUUUGUUCUCUCUGGGAUCACUCAGGAGGACGUCCUCACGUGUUCUGCGCAUAGUUAUGACGGAGCAUGUGGGGUUGUCAGUCUGAGAUGGUCAGACCAGGGGACAAGCGACCAGAUGAGUCAGCAGGAGACGCCGGGGCAAUGUGUCGUCCGUCGACCGAACACACAACCCCUCGACAGCGCAGGGCUCCGCUGCCUCCUGAUGAAAGACGGCGUUGAAAAGACAUCAGUUGACUUUGCUUCAAAGGAUCAGAAAACUCACAGUCAAACUAACAUCACCUCCGGGGCCCCUGGGGGUAAGGGCCCCUCUACCUCCAAGGAGCACUUCAUCUACCUGGCUGUAGCGGUGGGUACAGUGCUACUGGUUCUGAUUGUUGCUGUUCUGGUACUCAAGAAAAGCACAGGAAACAAGCAGAGCCCCCCGAUGUGUGUAGAAGACCCUGACACGAUGGGGUCCCCGGGGCAGGGGGAGCCCACCCAAUGCCUGUCCUACGUCCAGGGUGAGCCGGACGGGGGUCUGCUCUACGCCUCCAUUGAACACAGGACUGGUAGUAGGAAGGCCCAGCCCCCCAGUGUGGAGGAGGGGGGCUGUGAUGAAACAGUCACCUAUUCCACCGUUUCAAAGCCCCCCACUAACGUCCCUGAGCAUUCAUGCAGGUAAACAAAAUCCAAAGCAGCUAGCGAUGUUUGAGCUUUGUGUUACUGGUGGUCUGUUGAUUGUUUUAUGGCUCAUAGGAUAUCAGAGAAAGAAUAAUAACUUCCUGUAGAAGAGUUUUAAGAAAGGUUUUCAAAUAAGUUGCACAUUGCUAAAUAUGAAUAAAAUCGUUUAACCAAUGGAUUAUGGUUUAAAGAUCUUGACUAGAAUUAAAAAUGUAUAAAUUCAAAUUAAAUCAGAAGUGGAAGUUUAAUUGUAAAUACUUCCUUAUCCCAAAAGCUGUGAAUAGAUAAUUCUGUUUGAUGUAAAGAGUAUCAUAUUUAUAUUUCUAGCCAUGCAAAACAGAAGCCUGACAUUACGUUAUAGUUCUUGUUUUUGUUGUUGUAAAUGAACAGUCAUCUUCAAGUCUUGCUUUUCCAACUUUUAGUUGGGAUUUCUGUAUGAACUGAUUUGAAAAUUGUAUAAUCCGAAACUCUUAAUAAUAUAAAAUGAUAUAUCGUACAAAUUAUAUAACCUUGUUAACAUUGUUACUUUGUUGUAUAUGGGAAUGGGUUCACCUAGAAAUUGUUAGUGCUUUGCACUUGGUUCUAUGAACUUCCUUCCUGUACCGUCAGUUAUAGAUUGUUUCACCUUCUGACAAAUGUACUACUCAUUGUAAGUCACUUUGGAUAAAAGAGUCUGCUAAAUGCCCUAAAUAUAAAUGUGAAUGUUGCUUUUUUAAAAGGCCUUUGUAUAAAUUGCACGUAUAGAUAGCUUAAUUUCUCUAUCGAAUUGAAAAGUUUAAAGUUAGUUAGUAUUCGAAUAGCCCUGGCAUUCUCCUGACUUCUUUAUUGUGUUGAUUUCUUAUUCCUCAAACCUUAUAAUAAUAUCCAACUGUUGUCUCAUUAAAGAUGCUAUGUCAAUCG